UAGACAUCUCUAGGGGCUGAAGCACCAUUAGUAUUGUUCACGCAAUGGGUACCGCGCGCCGUUUUGCGAUGAUACCCGGGCCCAAGCCCUUACCACUAAUAGGCAACUCUUGGCGCUUUGCCAUCGGCAAAAAGCCUUGGCGCACACAAUCACUGGACGUCACAUUGUGGAAGUUACGUGAAUUGGCUGGAACAGGUGGUGCCGCCAAAGUCGCAAAACUAUUCGGGCAUCCUGAUUUGGUUUUCCCAUUCUGCGCUGAAGAAACCGCGAAAAUAUACAGACGUGAAGAUUCCUUACCGCAUAGAGCGGUCGCUCCGUGUUUGAAGCAUUAUAAACAAGAGUUAAGAAAAGAUUUCUUUGGAAACGAACCGGGUUUAAUUGGAGUUCAUGGAAAACCAUGGUCGAAAUUCAGGUCAAAAGUAUCAAAGGCCCUAGUAGCACCAGAAGCAGCUAGAUCCGCAGUACCAUGCUUAGACCAUGUAGCGGACGACUUCGUCAAUCAAAUGGAGAACAUGUUGGACGAAAAGAACGAGCUUCCAGAGAGUUUCCUCACAGAACUGUAUAAAUGGGCGCUUGAAUCUGUAGCGGCUUGGGCUCUUGGAACAAGACUAGGAUGCAUUGGUAAUCACGAUGCUGCUGCCAAAGAAAUCAUCAAAAGUAUUCACGGAUUUUUCCAUAGUGUACCCGAACUAGAACUGUCUGCUCCACUGUGGAGACUAUAUUCAACUCCUGCUUACAAAACUUACGUCAAAGCAUUAGAUUCCUUCAGAUCCCUCUGCUUAGAAAGACUGACUGACAAAGGAAUAUGUGCUAGCAUUGCUAAGGUUUCGGGCGAAAAGGUGGCUACUGUUUUAGCGUUGGAUUUACUAUUAGUCGGUGUAGAUACAACUGCAGCGGCCGCAGCGAGUACAAUAUACCUAUUAGCUAACAAUGACAGAGUCCAGAAACGAUUGCAGGACGAAUUAGAUAAUAGUCUACCUAAAGGGCGACCUCUUACUUGCAAGGAUCUCGAUCAGCUUCAAUACCUACGAGCUUGUCUUAAAGAAGCAUUGCGAAUAAAACCGGUGAUAUUGGGCAAUGGAAGGUGUAUACAAUCUGACGUUGUCAUAUCGGGAUAUGAAGUUCCUAAAGGAUCACACGUUGUAUUCCCGCAUUACAUUAUGUCAAACGAAGAGAGAUACUUCCCAUCGCCAGAAGAAUACGUACCGGAGAGGUGGUUAAGAGAUACGAAUACGCUUGAAAUUGAGACCACAAAUACAGUGGACUCGACGGAACACGCCAAAGCAAUGAACAUAUUGAAGAAACAGAAGGUGAUAGGCAUCCACCCAUUCGCAUCGUUGCCGUUUGGAUUUGGACGACGAAUGUGUAUUGGCAAAAGAUUUGCAGAGGUCGAACUAAUGCUAUUGCUCGCGAAGGUGUUUCACAAGUACGACGUAUCAUGGGGUUACGGGGAUCUGACGUACAGCGUAACCCCCACUUACGUGCCUAACGAACCCCUGCAGUUCACACUCGAGCACAGACGAGAGAGACGCCAAUAACUAACCGGAGGCUUCAAUUAAUUCAACCGUUCGACUGAUUUUUAUCGUUAUUGUUAUCUAGUUUUGUGUUUUAUUCUAGGUCAAUUGAAGACUGAAUGACUACUUGACAAAUUACUGUUUUAAACGACAUAAAAAAAAUUAUGUUUAAUUGGCACAUGAUAAUCAAGAAUCUUAGCAUAAGCGAUAGUCUUUUAUCAAUAAAAUUUAAAAGU